AAAUCGUGCUCGGCUGACAACUUUACGCUUACAGACACUGCGACCUACGGAACAUGUUAUACCUUCGAAAUAACAGAUCCCCUGCUUCAUUUUACUACCAGACCUGGACCAGACAACGGCCUUAUACUAGAACUAAACAUCGAGCAAUAUGAAUAUCUUCCCGUGUCUGCUAAAGCUGGGGUAAAAGUCAUAGUACACCCAGUAGACGAAUACCCGUGUCCGGAAGAUGGCGGGAUCCUAGCACAGCCUGGUGCCGUCACUAGUGUUGCCAUCAGAAAGGUAAUAACACAUCGCUUGCCAUCACCUUACAGCAACUGUGUCGGGGCCGGUGGACAAGGCAGCACACAGCGCAGCUUGUAUCCGGAUGAGAUGUACACACAGAAGACAUGCAUGUAUUCGUGUUAUCAGAUGGCUGUGUAUGCGGAGUGUGAAUGUUGCGACAUAGACUUGUCUUGCGAUUAUUAUAAAAUGCUAAAUAUCGAUAAGCCGAAAAAAGAAACAGAUCUCCACCUGCCACUUUGUAAUAGUACUGACGAUCUAAAUUGUAAAUCGAAAGUCGAAGAUUGGUUUAGGGGAAGUGAGCUGGAUUGCGAUGAACGCUGUCCUCCUGCCUGUGAUCGUACUACAUUUGACACGGUGGUUUCGCAAGCACAUUGGCCAUCUGACGCCCGAUUUGAUGAUUUCGUAGAAACUUUGAAUGGGUCAGGGUUGCUUAACACGUCGUCCUUGGACAAGCCUUCUUUAGAACGCUUUGUGCGCUCCAAUUAUUUGAGGCUUGCAAUCUUUUUAGAUAGUAUGGAGUUCCUAGAGUUUGUCACACAGCCUAAGUACGACUGGAACUUGCUGCUGGGAACUAUUGGUGGGCUUCUGGGGCUAUGGCUAGGGUUCUCUCUGUUGACUGGCUUGGAGAUAGCCGAGGUGCUAAUUGAUACCGGGGUUUACUGUAUACGCGGCCGGUAUUAG